ACUCUUGUGAAACACCUGCUCACAACAGCCCUUCUGUUCAUUUUUUUUCAAUAAAGAUGCAGAAGUGGGUUGUGAUCUGCUGGGCUGCCCUGGCUGUGGUUGGUGCUGAUGUGUGUCCAGAUGGAGGGCUGUGUAAAGAAGGGGAAACCUGCUGCAACAGCCCAGCAAACGGUUACGGGUGUUGCCGAUAUGAAAACGCUGAGUGCUGUGAUGAUCACAUCCACUGCUGUCCAGAGGGCACAGUCUGUAAUAAAGCCUUAUCUGGCUGUAUUAAUACCACCCUGACCAUCCCCUGGGUGAAAAGAACCCCUGCUGAUCAGCCCAAAGUCUCUAAAUCCUUCAGGAUGAUCAAGACAUACGAGAGUCAGGAAGACGACAACAUCUGCCCCGACCUGUCACGAUGCCCUGCUGAGUAUUCCUGUCUGAAGGGUUUGACGAAGUUUGGCUGCUGUCCUCUAACUCAGGGAAUCUCCUGCCCCGAUGGCAAACACUGCUGCCCUGAGGGCCACGACUGCAGCUCAGACAGCCGAGGCUGCAUCAAAAAAGAGCUCGUGGUUACAGUUCUAUGCAGCGAUGGCAUUUCAGAGUGCCCAGAUGGUACCACCUGCUGUGAAACAAAUGACGGGAAAUGGGCAUGCUGUCCACUAUCAAAGGCCGUGUGCUGCGCUGACAAGAUACACUGCUGCUCUGAAGGGACCACAUGUGAUGUCGAGCAUUCCAAAUGCAUUGACUCUUCUACCAAGAAAGAGAUGCCAAUGUGGGCAAAGCUCCCUGCCAGAGUGAGAGCAGCUUGGGAAAACCAGAAAGAAGAAGUGCCAGUUGAAGCAGUGAAUAACACAGGAACAGAAAACGCCCCCAAAGUCACCACAGCCAAUCUGCUUCCUCCAUCUGCAAACGAUGUUCCAUGUGACGAUACAUCAGCCUGUCCUGAUGGCACCACCUGCUGUAAAACCCAAGAAGGUGGCUGGGCCUGCUGUCCAAUGCCAGAGGCUGUUUGUUGUGAAGACUUCAUACACUGUUGUCCCAAAGGGAAGAAAUGUAACUUGGAGGCUCAAACCUGUGAAGACGGCCUGAUGUCUGUCCCCUGGGCCAAGAAGGUUCCUGCAAUCAUAAAGCAGAAGGUAGAGGUGAAGGAUGUUCCAUGUGACGAUACAUCAGCCUGUCCUGAUGGCACCACCUGCUGUAAAACCCAAGAAGGUGGCUGGGCCUGCUGUCCAAUGCCAGAGGCUGUUUGUUGUGAAGACUUCAUACACUGUUGUCCCAAAGGGAAGAAAUGUAACUUGGAGGCUCAAACCUGUGAAGGCGGCGUGAUCUCUGUCCCCUGGGCCAAGAAGGUUCCUGCAAUCAUAAAGCAGAAGGUAGAGGUGAAGGAUGUUCCAUGUGACGAUACAUCAGCCUGUCCUGAUGGCACCACCUGCUGUAAAACCCAAGAAGGUGGCUGGGCCUGCUGUCCAAUGCCAGAGGCUGUUUGUUGUGAAGACUUCAUACACUGUUGUCCCAAAGGGAAGAAAUGUAACUUGAAGGCUCAAACCUGUGAAGACGGCCUGAUCUCUGUGCCCUGGGCCAAGAAGCUCCCUGCAAUCAUAAAGCAGAAGGUAGAGGUGAAGGAUGUUCCAUGUGACGAUACAUCAGCCUGUCCUGAUGGCACCACCUGCUGUAAAACCCAAGAAGGUGGCUGGGCCUGCUGUCCAAUGCCAGAGGCUGUUUGCUGUGAAGACUUCAUACACUGUUGUCCCAAAGGGAAGAAAUGUAACUUGGAGGCUCAAACCUGUGAAGGCGGCGUGAUCUCUGUCCCCUGGGCCAAGAAGCUCCCUGCAAUCAUAAAGCAGAAGGUAGAGGUGAAGGAUGUUCCAUGUGACGAUACAUCAGCCUGUCCUGAUGGCACCACCUGCUGUAAAACCCAAGAAGGUGGCUGGGCCUGCUGUCCAAUGCCAGAGGCUGUUUGUUGUGAAGACUUCAUACACUGUUGUCCCAAAGGGAAGAAAUGUAACUUGGAGGCUCAAACCUGUGAAGGCGGCGUGAUCUCUGUCCCCUGGGCCAAGAAGGUUCCUGCAAUCAUAAAGCAGAAGGUAGAGGUGAAGGAUGUUCCAUGUGACGAUACAUCAGCCUGUCCUGAUGGCACCACCUGCUGUAAAACCCAAGAAGGUGGCUGGGCCUGCUGUCCAAUGCCAGAGGCUGUUUGUUGUGAAGACUUCAUACACUGUUGUCCCAAAGGGAAGAAAUGUAACUUGAAGGCUCAAACCUGUGAAGACGGCCUGAUCUCUGUCCCCUGGGCCAAGAAGGUUCCUGCAAUCAUAAAGCAGAAGGUAGAGGUGAAGGAUGUUCCAUGUGACGAUACAUCAGCCUGUCCUGAUGGCACAACCUGCUGUAAAACCCAAGAAGGUGGCUGGGCCUGCUGUCCAAUGCCAGAGGCUGUUUGUUGUGAAGACUUCAUACACUGUUGUCCCAAAGGGAAGAAAUGUAACUUGAAGGCUCAAACCUGUGAAGACGGCCUGAUCUCUGUGCCCUGGGCCAAGAAGCUCCCUGCAAUCAUAAAGCAGAAGGUAGAGGUGAAGGAUGUUCCAUGUGACGAUACAUCAGCCUGUCCUGAUGGCACCACCUGCUGUAAAACCCAAGAAGGUGGCUGGGCCUGCUGUCCAAUGCCAGAGGCUGUUUGUUGUGAAGACUUCAUACACUGUUGUCCAAAGGGGAAGAAAUGUAACUUGGAGGCUCAAACCUGUGAAGACGGCCUGAUGUCUGUGCCCUGGGCCAAGAAGGUUCCUGCAAUCAUAAAGCAGAAGGUAGAGGUGAAGGAUGUUCCAUGUGAUGAUACAUCAGCCUGUCCUGAUGGCACCACCUGCUGUAAAACCAAAGAAGGUGGCUGGGCCUGCUGUCCAAUGCCAGAGGCUGUUUGUUGUGACGACUUCAUACACUGUUGUCCCAAAGGGAAGAAAUGUAACUUGGAGGCUCAAACCUGUGAAGACGGCCUGAUCUCUGUGCCCUGGGCCAAGAAGGUUCCUGCAAUCAUAAAGCAGAAGGUAGAGGUGAAGGAUGUUCCAUGUGACGAUACAUCAGCCUGUCCUGAUGGCACCACCUGCUGUAAAACCCAAGAAGGUGGCUGGGCCUGCUGUCCAUUGCCAGAGGCUGUUUGUUGUGAAGACUUCAUACACUGUUGUCCCAAAGGGAAGAAAUGUAACUUGGAGGCUCAAACCUGUGAAGACGGCCUGAUGUCUGUGCCCUGGGCCAAGAAGCUUCCUGCAAUCAUAAAGCAGAAGGCAGAGGUGAAGGAUGUUCCAUGUGACGAUACAUCAGCCUGUCCUGAUGGCACCACCUGCUGUAAAACCCAAGAAGGUGGUUGGGCCUGCUGUCCAAUGCCAGAGGCUGUUUGCUGUGAAGACUUCAUACACUGUUGUCCCAAAGGGAAGAAAUGUAACUUGGAGGCUCAAACCUGUGAAGGCGGCCUGAUGUCUGUGCCCUGGGCCAAGAAGCUUCCUGCAAUCAUAAAGCAGAAGGCAGAGGAGAAGAAAGUUCCUUGUGAUCACACAGCAGCCUGUCCUGAUGGCACCACCUGCUGUAAAACCCAAGAAGGUCGCUGGGCCUGCUGUCCAUUGCCAGAGGCGGUCUGCUGUGACGAUCACAAACACUGCUGCCCGAGCGGCACCACCUGUGACCCGACCACCGUGUCUUGCAAUGGCCCAUCAGGCUCAACUCCCAUGCUACAGAAGGUACCUGCGUUCACUACUGAAGCACCUACUACUGUGCAGCCUACAACUGAGAGUCCAACAACAAGCGCUAAAUCGGAGGAGGAGGACAAAGAAGAAGAAGGCAUGAUUAACUGUGAUGCCCACACCAGCUGCCCUCAGUCGACCACCUGCUGCUACAUGAAGAAUUUUAAAAAGUGGGGCUGCUGUCCGCUGCCUGAGGCGGUGUGCUGUGAGGAUGGGAGUCACUGCUGUCCUAACCAGUACAAAUGUGACAAUAGCCGCACGUCGUGCAUAAAAGGAGAAGUUGUGAUUCCAUGGUACACCAAAAUUCCAGCCAUUACCAGCGACGAGGCCGAGCCCUACUCUGUCCAGUGCGAAGGUGCAAGCCAGUGUCCUGAACAAACCAGCUGCUGCAAGCUGUUCACAGGCGAGUGGGGCUGCUGUCCACUCAAAAAUGCUGUUUGCUGUCCGGAUAAGGAGCACUGUUGCCCGCAGGGUUACACCUGUGACAUCUUAUCCAGAUCCUGCCAGAAGCUCAUCAUGAUGCAGCUGGAGAGAGUCCCACUGACACCGGUGUAUCUACUUGAGCCUCAACCCCAGCUCAGCCCAACAAAGCACAAAGACAUCAAGUGCGAUAAACAGACCAAUUGCGGGCAUGAUGAAACUUGCUGCAGGACUUCUGCCACUUCCUGGGGCUGCUGUCCAUCUUCUAACGCGGUGUGCUGCAGCGACAUGAAGCACUGCUGCCCGACCGGGUACACCUGUACGGAAGAAAACUCCUGCAUCCAGAACUCCAAGCUUUACUGGCCCAACUGGCACGUGUUCGUCGCCAACAAAAAAAGAGCCCUAAUUGUGUGAAAACACCACCUCUAAACUGUUACUAGUUUUAGUUUUUGCAUAUAACGCACUAAUGGAGAAAGAAUUCUACAUUAAUUUCAAAAUGCUUUGUUUUUAAAUGACACUUUGAAAACGAUUUGCACCUCAGUUGCUAAGAUGUUUGCAAUCUUGAAGUUGAACAUUUUGGUCUGAAUGCACCUAAUUAUAUAGAUGACCGUGUGACUAAUGUAUUUAAGGAGUUAUCUUUGUUAUUCCAAGCACACUCAGUUUGUCACUUGAAAUGCUACUCCAUCCACAAUAGAAGACAAUCGAAACACUCCACUUGUCAGUCAUCUGUUUCUUUAAGACUUGCUGCAGCUGCCUUCUGUUGAAAAGGUUAUUUCUUUAUCAAUAAUAGUCAAUCAGUCAAAACCUGAUUCAAUAUCUUUCAUCAUUCUGAACAUUCAGUCUGAUCAUUUAAUGAUUUUGUGGUGUAAUUACUCAUUAAAUCUUGGGUUCAUAAUUUUGUGCAUUGGAUUAGUAAUCUGUGUUAAUGAGGCAAAGGUGAAGAAAUUCAUGCUUGGAUGAUCUUACCCUGUCAAAGUGUCACAUUAUCCAUUAAAUCAAUAAAAAAGAAGUGACAUUA